UUGUUAGUUCAGCUUUGGGGCCCUCGGUGACAUUCUGCUCUGUGCUGCGGUCAGGCCAGAGCCUCUGAUCUAGAAGCCAGGGCGCUGUGCAGAAGCCGUCGCUCCCUACAGAGCCGCCAGCGCGUCCCGAUGCAGGGAGCCACGACCUCAGAUGCCGCCUGGCCAGGGCCUCUCGCCCUCCUAGGCCUUCUCUUUGCCGCCACCUUGCUGCUCCCGGCUCUCCUCCUGCUCACCCGGCGCACCAGGCGCCCUCAUGAACCUCCCUUGAUAAAAGGUUGGCUUCCUUAUCUUGGCAUGGGCCUGCAAUUCUGGAAGGAUCCGUUAACUUCCUUGAAAACUCUUCAAAGGCAAUAUGGUGACACUUUCACUGUCUUGCUUGGGGGGAAGUAUAUAACAUUUGUUCUGGACCCUUUCCAGUACCAGUAUGUAAUGAAAAACCCCAAACAAUUAAGCUUUGAUAAGUUCAGCAGACGAUUAUGCGCAAAAGCCUUCUCUGCAAAGAAGCUGCUAAUUGAUGAUGACCUUAAUGACGACCUUCACAAAGGCUAUCUACUUUUACAAGGCAAACCUUUGGAUAAUCUUCUGGAAACCAUGAUCCAAGAAGUAAAAGAAAUAUUUGAGUCCCAGCUACUAAAAACCACAGAUUGGAGUACAGAAAGAAUAUUUGCAUUCUGUAGUUCACUGGUAUUUGAGAUCACAUUUACAACUAUAUAUGGAAAAAUUCUUGCUGGUAACAAGAAACAAAUUAUCAGUGAGCUACGGGAUGAUUUUUUAAAAUUUGAUGACGUUUUCCCAUACUUAAUAUCUGACAUACCUAUUCAGUUUCUAAGAAAUGCAGAAUCUAAACAGAAGAAAAUUAUAAAAUGCCUCACAUCAGAAAAACUAGCUCAGAUACAAGGAUGGUCAGAAGUUGUUCAGGAGAGGCAAGACGUACUGAUAAAAUACUAUAGGCGUGAAGAUUUUGAAAUAGGAGCACAUAAUCUUGGCUUUCUCUGGGCCUCUCAAGCAAACACCAUUCCAGCCAUGUUCUGGGCCAUGUACUAUAUUCUUCGACAUCCAGAAGCUAUGGAAGCCCUGCGUGACGAAAUUGACAGUUUCCUGCAGUCAACAGGUCAAAAGAAAGGACCUGGAAUUUCUGUCCACUUCACCAGAGAACAAUUGGACAGCUUGGUCUGCCUGGAAAGCACUAUUCUUGAGACCCUGAGGCUGUGUUCGCACUCCACCGUCCUCCGGGAAGUGCAAGAGGAUAUGGAUUUCAGCUCAGAGAGUGGGAGCUACUCUCUGCGGAAAGGAGACUUCUUAGCUAUCUUCCCUGCAAUGAUCCACAAUGACCCAGAAGUCUUUACUGCUCCAGAGGAAUUUAGGUUUGAUCGCUUCUUAGAAGAUGGUAAGAGGAAAACAACGUUUUUCAAAGGAGGAAAAAAGCUGAAGAUUUACCUUAUACCAUUUGGACUUGGAACAAGCAAAUGUCCAGGCAGAUAUUUUGCAAUUCUUGAAAUGAAGCUACUACUGGUUAUAUUUUUAACUUAUUUUGAUUUAGAAAUAAUUGACAGGAAGCCUGUAAGACUAAACCGCAGUCGUAUGUUUUUUGGCGUUCAGCAUCCUGCUUCUGACGUCUCAUUUAGGUACAAGGCAAAAUCUUGGAGAAGCUGAAAGUGGGGCAGAGAUUUGCAGAGUAAGGCUGCACGCGCCGGGCUCCAUGAUUUGCUGCACUUACCCAAAUGCAACCACUACCCUUGUUGGUUUGAAAAUAGCAAAUUUAUAUUCGAUUAAUAUCAAUCCAGUUUGUUUUGGGGUCACAAAACCUGUCAUAAAAUAAAGCAUCAUGAUGGUGUAAAAAAAAUGUCAGGACAAUCAUGUCAGGAUAAGGUAAAAUAAUGGUUUCAAGUUUGUGCUUACCAUGAUUUUUAUCAUUUGUAGUGAAUGUGCUUUUCCAGUAAUAAAUUUGUUCUGGGGUGAUUUUUUUUUUUUAGUUAUGGAAAUCCUCUAAUAUGGUUUUAUGUACUGCCGGAAAACUGUGCCAUCCAUGGACAGCCUAACAAUUUCCAGUUUUCUAGAGAAGGGGGAAAUUAUACCCCAUGAGUUACACACUAUGAAAUUGUUCCCUUCAAGUAUAAUAUCAGUAAUGUCUACAUCACCAGGGUGCUUUUGUAGUAAAUGAGUUUUGCAAAAGAUUAAAUGUUCCAGCUUCCCUUCAAUAUUUAAUCAUCCGUAAAUGCUCUUUAUAACUUUGUAUUCUACAUCUCAAUAGAACACAAUUAAUUGUUAUGUAAGACGGCUCAUGUUCAAGUUAGAUAUUGUUAAAUUCUAAUGUAUAGGAAACACAAAGCUUACUUUAAAGUCAGCAGUUACCCUUGACAUUAGUAUGAGGCUUAUUGUGGAGGCAAAUGUUGAAGUUAUAAUAGCACUGCCGGUAGUGUGGGUCUGUAGUAUAAAUGGUGUCAUCUAAUACUUCAAUGAACCCAUUACCAAAUGUUUCCAUAUAAACCGAGAAAUUAACUAGCAUUAUUUAUGCACAGCCUUUUGGACUUGAAGGUUAGUUUUUAUUUUAAACUAUCAAAUUAAACUAUACAAAAUAAUUUGAUAGGUUACCAUACAGUCUGUAUCGAUCAGUAAAAGAUUUCUAUUACCAAUUACCCCAGUGACUGACAUUUGAUAUAAAUGGUGAUACAAAACGCAAACUCACAGGAUAUAUAAUUAAACCAAAUUAAUUUAUGCUGUAUUAAUUUGAAAUUCUAAUUCUUUGGAAAAUUUUAUUAUAAAGGAGAUUUAUUUUAAAACAGCAUUCUAAAAUGCUAUUCAUACUAGGCAAUAUAACACGGUUGAAUUUCUUUUCUCUUUCCUAGACCUUUGGUUCUUUGCAUGUUGUCUGCAUGAACGUCUACCAGCAUGAACUCUGGUUUUGCUUUAAUGAGGUGGUCUUUAUUCUCAAUCUUGUUUCUUUUUUAAAAAAGAAAUUGCAAACUGACCAUUUAUAAUGAUAUAAAUUCACAGAAUGCAAAGGGAAGUUAUGACUCACGAAAAAGAUGUAGAAUGAUUAAACUAGCUCAAAUUAAGGAAUCAAACCACUUUUGUUGUAAUAGCAUUUGGAAUAUAUCCUCUUAGCAACUUUUAAACAUACAAUGCUCUGUGGUUUGCUAUAUAUACAAAGCAACGUACUAAAACCUCUUCCCACAUACAUCUCCAAACGACUGUCUUCAUCCCGGCUAUUUUGCAUCUUUUGGUCACUUCUACAGUUUCCUCGGCCUCUGUAAUCACCUUUCAUUUUGUUCUCUGCUGAGUUGGAUUCUUUUGGAUUUCAUAUAUAUUCUAGUUUGAUUUUCUGUGGCUAUAAAGAUAAGACUAUUGUGACCAAGAGUACCAUGGGGAGAAAAGAAUUUAUUGGGUGUCAUAUUUUCUAAUCACUGAUGGAAAUCAGAGCCAAUACUCAAGGCAGGAAUGAUUCAGGGACCACAGAGAAGUACCACGUACUGGCUUGUUCACUCUCUUUUGCUCAACUUGCUUUCUGAUACAGUCCAGGUCCACAAGCCCAGGCAAUGAUGCUGCCCACGGAAGCUGGACUGUGCCACGUAAUCAUCUGUUAGGACAGUCUCUCACAGUCAUGGCCACAGGCAUCUGAUGAAGGCAACUGUUCCAUUGAGGCUCCCUUUUCUUAGAUACUGUAGGUUCUACCAAGUUAAAAGUAAAAGCCAAUACACAAGGUAUAAUUCAUGAUAUUAGACUAGAUAAGGUUUCACUUCACUUAAUAUUCUUUAAAUCAUUUAUGAUGUAUCUAAUGUCAGAAUUCAUUUUUUAAGACUAAGCAAUAUUGCACUGUGUGUAAAUACAAUGUGGUCUUUAUUGAAAUGCUGGCUCUAACCAACUCACCUCCUCCACACAAGUCUAUGACACCCUUCAUUCUCCAAAAACAAAGCAAAUGUGAUAUAUCCCAUCCUACGAGGCCUCUGGCCUUUUCCCUUCUAAUGGGCUCUGGAGCUGACUUUGAGCCUCUAGCAUCUUAGCUCUAAGGUUUUCUUCUUCUUGGCAUUUCUAAGUUCAAUGAUUGCAUUAUUCAGUUUGAUAAUUCAUUGUUCUUUAUUUCUACCUGGCUAUGUUUUAUAAUAUCUUGUUCCUUUAAUGUACCUUUCACAACCCCUUUACAUCCCUUUAAACUUAUUAAACAUGGUUUGUAUUCUGAA